AUGCCGACAAGCUUUAUAAUCAAAUGUAUUCUGACUGACUGUGAAUUUUUUUAUUAUUAUUAUUUUUAAUAUUUAACCAUAUAUAUUUUGUAUUAUUCACGCUCACAUGUACACGAAAAACGUAGCGUAAAGUGCUGGAAAAAGUGUAAAUCGACGAUAAAGUGAAAUUCCAGAAGAAAACGACCACCAAGUAAGAAAAGUGUGAAAUUUUAUACCUACAAGUUGCAAUCAAAAUAAUAAAUAAAAACAUACAACGAUAGUGGGUGAUAUUUUCUAACCUGAAAAAAAUAUUGUAAAAAACCCCAAAAAUAAUCUGCCUUAAAAAAAAGAAAAUUGAACGAAAAAUUGCAAUUGUAAACAAUAUUCCCCCGAAAAAAAAAAUACUCUCGUAGAAACGUGUCGCCGUGUCGAUGUUUCGACGUCGGAGGAGGAAUAUGUAUGAGAAUUAAUCGUCGACGCAGCGCAUCAUCCAUACUUAUAGUACUAGUUAGUUGUCUCUCCAUACAGAACCCAUAGAUAGACCCCCAUACAGUAACAUCCACGUAGCGAAGAAUAUAUUUUUGUGUAAUGAUAAAUCUAAAUAAAUAAACAUUUUACGACUAAAAUGUAGUAGAAACUACUACAAACUAACCACAAUCGGACGACGACGUGAAGGUCUAUUGAUUCAACUAAAUGCGGCAAUUGUGAAGAUGCAAACAAUAGUGGGCAGUAUUUGGAUGCAACAACAACGCCAACGAGCCAGUUUCGUCGCAGUCUCAAUCCAACCUUGAGACACUAUCUCGGCAUCAGAAAUACGUGUCGAUCCACACUUAAACGAAAAAAUCCCAAAAAUCUCAAAAAUUAUUUCAUAGACUAUCACAAGACGCGCAAUAAUAAUAAUAGUUAUUGUAAAAAGUUGAAACAAGAUGCUGAUAAAGGCACUGCUACGUGUGCAAAAUCUAACAACGACGACGACGGUAGCAACGACACCUGCCGUACGCGUACAACUGCCGCAGCUCGUGCAACAACGCCAAGUCAGCAGUCAGCAUCAGCAUCAGUUGAAAGUGAAAAUUCAUUGAGAUCAGAUCGUGAUCCGGUGCUGCGAUUUCGCAACAACAAAAAUGUGACAAUAAACCGAGAAAAUGAAAAAAGUGAUGAAAAUGAUAAAAAAUUAAUCGAAGAAAAAAUCCAAGAAAUCGAAGAAAAAAUUGAAAAAGUGCCAAGAAAAAAGCAAGAAAAAAAAAGUGCAACAAGUAAUUUUUUCCGCGACUUUUUCGAAAAAAUUAGCAAAAAUUUGUGUCUUUCAUUGUUUUUGAUAAAUUCUAAAGAAAAAGAAGAAAAAAGUGAUAAAAUUACCGAAAAACCAUCAAAAAUGUGGUUGCGAUCGAUGAAACUGAAGGAACGCCUGGCAGUCGGCUUUGGCGUUUCACUCGUGCUCUUUACCUUACUCCUCGUCGUCGACUUACAGAUGGACCUCGGGGUCUCGAAUAAACAUUUGAUGCCGGCACACGCGAAACUAAAAUACGUACAAGAUGAGGACAAAACGGGCGUUUUCCGCGAAUUCAAGAGGAAAUUCCUGCAAAAAGGAAAUUCAUCGGGAUCGAAAGAAACAUCGACAGCGGCAUCUGGCGUUGGUGCUUCGGGAUCGGCGGGGGCACAUUCACGUGGCGUCGUCGAAACAAGCGGUCCAGGGCAUGAUAAAGUUCCAACGAUGCCAGCGGUGCACGAUAAGUUUACGGAUUUGCUGAAACUCGUGCUGGAGCCGAAGGAAGGUGAUGCGGAUGACGAUGAGAAUGGAGACGAUGUCGUUAUUCGAAACCAUCAAACAGUGAUGGAUGACAAUAAUCCCAGCUUAUCUGAAUUGAUUGGCAUCAAGAUAAGCAAAAACAUGACAAAUUUAGAAAAACUCCAACUAUCAAUCACCAAAAAGGAAAUGUACCACGAAGAUGAUUCGCUCGUCAGGGCAGUGGUGCGCGACAUGAUCACGUUACCAAUUCAACAUGUCGUACAAAAGGAGGGCGGCACCCAGAUAAAACUGAUAAUUGAAUAUCCAAAUGAAGUGCAUGCACUCUUCAAGCCGAUGAGAUUUCCACGCGAACAACAAACGUUACCGAACCAUUUUUACUUCACCGACUACGAAAGACACACGGCGGAAAUUGCAGCCUUUCAUCUGGAUAGAUUGCUGGGUUUUCGACGCGCGAUGCCAGUUACCGGACGCAUUCUGAACAUAACGACGGAAAUUUAUCAGGUUGCUGACGAUGACCUGCUCAAAACCUUCUUCAUUUCGCCAUCGAACAACAUUUGUUUCCAUGGCAAGUGUUCGUAUUACUGUGAUACAUCACAUGCAAUUUGCGGUACGCCCGAUACACUUGAGGGCUCGUUUGCAGCAUUUUUGCCGACAUAUGAGCAGGCACAAAGAAAGGUCUGGCGUCAUCCAUGGCGACGAUCGUAUCACAAACGGAGGAAAGCUCAGUGGGAAACAGAUGCAGAUUAUUGCACCAUGGUUCGCGAUAUCCCACCCUACGAUCAAGGCAGACGUCUGCUGGAUCUGAUGGAUAUGUCAGUGUUUGAUUUCCUCACGGGAAACAUGGAUCGUCAUCAUUACGAGACGUUCAAAAUUUUCGGUAACGACACAUUUCCCAUCCACUUGGAUCACGGACGUGGCUUCGGGAGACCGUUUCACGACGAAUUGUCGAUUUUGGCGCCCGUUUUGCAGUGCUGCAUGCUUCGUGCCUCCACGCUGGAAACUCUACUCAAAUUCCACAACGGCAAACGCCUGUCAGAGGCGAUGCGCGAAUCCAUGGCGACAGAUCCCAUCAGUCCCGUGUUGUGGGAGCCCCACCUGACAGCACUCGAUCGACGUGUCGGCGUCAUCCUGCAAGGCAUCCGCGAUUGCCUGAAGAAAAAUUCGAACGAAGACGUUGUGAUUAGCGACAAUGAUAACGCUAACAAUGACUUAUCAUAGUUGAACCGCGAACAGAAAAUCCACGAAAAAUUCACAACGACACGAAAGAUGCUGUGAGUGCUAUAAUAAUAAUAAUAAAUAAAGAAAAAAAAAAUAAAAUUAAAUAAAAAGCUCUUGUCGAAUACGAACUGAAAAUUUAUUAUUAUGCUGUUCCUAUUAUUGUGUAAUUUAAAAAAAAAUAUAAAUGAUGAAAAAGUGUAGAAAAAAAUCAAUCAAAUAAUUAUUAUACGGUUAUGUGCCCAUGAAAAUUUACUUUAUUUUAUUGUAAAA